AUGGAUACUCCCCUUUGCAAUGCACUUCACAAAGAAAAUAAUGCAUUUUCAACAUUGCUCUAUUUACAUCUGGAUAGAUUAAAACAAUGGAGUUUGUCUAAAUGUGAAAUCUAUCGUGGAGUAACAAAAGAUAAUUUUGAUGAUUAUCAAAAAGCCAAAGAGAAUACAAAUCAUAUUAUUCAAAUCUGUGCAUUACAAUCCACUUCAUUAAGCAAAGAAGUAGCUAAAUGUUUUGCUGAUAAUGUAAAUCCAGAGAGUUACGCUAUUUUGUUUUAUUUUAAAUUUCCAAAUGAAUGUCCCACAGCAAUUCGAAUAAAUGNUCCACCGAGAUCAGUUAUCAUUGAACGUUUUCCAGCUGCACCGGAGAGACCACGUGAUAUCAUCAUUGAACGAUGGCUUCCAUAUGGACCUCAACCUGAACGUCGUACAAUUGUUGAAAGAGUCCAAAAUACUGUUACAUAUCCAGAGCCGCGUAAUAAAAUUAUUAUCUAUGAAGGGGUUGAUGCACGUGUUGUUCGACAAUUCGAAAAAGAUGGUGUGAUCAGAGAAGAUCCGGCGCAUUAUGUAGCCCGUUAUGGAGGAACACUUUUAGAUUCAUCAACACUUGUUCAAAUGGCUCGUAAUGCUGGUGUUUUUGAAGAUCUGUCACUCCCGGCAUUAACAUAUUCAAAUAUACGCGAAGGUGCUAUCAAUUAUGAAUUUUCAAGUGGAAACAGAUACGUGGAAGAUAAGCGAUACAUAAGUAGCAGCAGCGGCAGCUCUACUCGAAAACGUGGAUUAUUUAGUUUUGCUCAAUAUGGUCUACUUCCAGGUGAUUAUGUUUCUGGUAUGAAACUUGAUCGUACAUUUGUAAGACCAACAAACUUUGUGUUUCCUGCAUCAUCCCAAUGGUCGGUUCGAACUGCUAAAUAUACGACGCAACUAACUGAUGGUUAUGCUACAAGUGUUACUGUGGAAUUGAUCGAAGAUGGCCUUGUUCUUCAUUCUCGUACAAUCACCGAACAAGAAUACAACAACGCAACUAUUUCUUCAUCAGUUCCAAAAUUGCCAUGGAAUGAUUUCUUACAAGUUUUACGAGUAUUUAUGCUCGGAAACAAUCAAGAACGAGAAUCUGACAUUUCACGUGCUUUCGAUAUUCUCGAUCAAGGUAGAAGAGGUCUGUAUAAUCGAACAAUCAAUCUAUCUGAUGGUCUCAUCUCGCCCGAUGAAUUACGGGCAUUCUUAUCAAUUCUUACCGAUGAAUAUCGUGUUGAUCUUUGUAUUUUUCUGGCUGACACAGAUGGAUCUGGAAAGAUUAAUUUCUCGGAAUUCGCACGAAUGGUCAAAUCUGGAUUGGCGAGAGAUGUCAUCUGCGAAUGCGCUUAA